CUUGUGAGUAGUUUAGUGAGGAAUUGAGGGAGGGAGGGAUUGGAGGAGGGAAUUGAGGAGGUAGAGAACACGGUGCAGGAAUGGUGGCUGAGGAAGUGGAGAAUAUGGGGAUUGGGUUGGGGUCCGGAUCCGGGUCUUGCUUUGGGGCUUGAGCGUGGCUUGUAUAUUAAGGAAGAUGGGGUGCUCGCAGUCUCUAAACUGCUCCUGUCUUCUGUAAAUUCAUUUCAAAUCAGACGUGUUUCCGCGUUUGUUUUCCUCUUGAGUGGUUUUCUCAGCUUUGUGUGUAUCAUCCUCCUCCCCAUUUCUUCGCCGUUUUCGUUUCCGUUUUGCGUCUUUACGAGGAAUUCGCCGAACAGUUGAGGCAAUUCAAUUCGCAGUUGAUGCACAUUCUUAGCCUCCACGACGGUUUGUUUUCGUUCUAGUUCUGAAGCAUGUGGGUCUCGUGACAUCUAUGCAUCAUCCUCAACCACGAAGACGAUGUUCUCAACAGUUCUACAUUCGUUGUGAGUUAGGGAGGUUCAAUUAGACGUUUCGUAUCCGUAUAGCCUGAUCCACCGAUCCACAUUCAUCCUCGACGCUCGUGCUCUCUCUUCCUCUCCUCUCCUUUCCUUUCAAUUUCUUUCGUUCUCUUCCCUUUCAUUUUGGUGCUCCAUUUCUCUCUCUCUCCUCUUUCUCCAUUCCAGUGCUGCUCUCUCCCACAACGAGCUUCAGCCACGGCCUCCCACAACAGCCCUGACUCAAUCCUGUUGAAGGAAACAUUUCUCGCCUAAGCAACGACGACGACCGAUUCUCGACAUGGGAUCGUGACACCAGCCUCCGCGCCUGCAGACUCGAUGGAUCCUCUGGCAAGAACGCGAAAAUUCUGAUCCAUCUUCAAAAGCACUCCCACUGGUCUCGUCACCGAGUCUCCAUCCUCACCUUUGCUCACGGCAGCUGAUCGCCAUCGCCGAAGUCAGUGAGGCGGCCAAACAAACAGUUGGUGAGCCAGUCCCAGUCGGCUGGCGCACCAACUCUCUUCGCUCGGAGAGGAGUCUGCACAUUUCCCUCUCUUCCACAUAGCACCUCCAGAUUCGUAGCUUUUCUUACAGUCAGUCAGCCAGCCCAGCGUGAAUCUCGACUCCGUCGGCCAUCGACGCAAACCGCUCGAGAAUUCUCCAGAAAAUCCGCGAGGCGAGGCCUAGUGUAGCGUAGCGCAGCAUUUGUGAGAUUAGGGAUUUCGGCCCUCGAGCAGCUCUCGAGAGAUAGAUCGAUAGAAUAGAAAGAAGGAAGAGAUGCCGACGCGGUGGGACGAUCUGCCGCAGGAGCUGCAGCUGCAGGUGCUGGCGAGGAUGCGGCCGCUGACGUGGCUACGGCAGCGGGAGGUGUGCAAGGGCUGGAAGGCCAUCAUCGACUCGCGCGACUUCGCGGAGCAGUGCGUGGAGACGUGGCAGCACCGGCCGUGGUUCCUCGUGUACCACCGCUGCCAGGUGGAGGCGGCGUUCAUGUACGACGCGCGCGAAAAGGUGUGGUACCGGCUGCCGCUGGGCUUCUUGCCGGUGCGCGGCACUGGGCGGGCGGCGGCGGGCGGACUGCUCUGCGUCGAGGAGAGCGACGCCGACAGCUUCAAGGCGCUCUACGUCUGCGACCCGGUGGCGCGCACCUACACCAAGCUGCCGCCCAUGCCCCACCCGCAGCCCGGGCGCAAGCGCGCCGUCACGCUGCUGGUGGGCGACGAGGUCCUGCACUACAAGGUCUUGGUCGGCUGCUCGCACCGCAUGGAGGUCUACGACUCGCUCAGCUCGUCGUGGCGCAGCCUGGCGCCCGCGCCAACCGUCUGGUUCCCCAGCACGACGCCCGUCCUCAGCCGCGACUGCGUCUUCGCGCUCUGGCGCCUGGCCGCGCCGGGCCUGGCGCCGGAGGUCUACCGGCUGUUCAAGUGCGACCCAACCGAGGGCGCCUGGAAGCCCGUCGACGUGCGCAUGCCGCCGGAGCUCACCACGCCGCAUCUGACCGAGCAGGGUGGUCGCAUCAUGAUGGUGGGCGGCGUCUGGACGGAAAACAUGGUCAAGAGCAUCCAGAUCUGGGAGCUGGACCAGAGCCCGCCGCCCGCCGGCCCGCGCUGGGACUUCGUGGCGCAAGUGCCUGCAGCGCUGGCGCAGCUCUCGCUUGGCGCCGGCAUCAACACCUCUAGCGCCUGGAGCGGCGAGUACCUGAGCAUCGGCUAUGGCGACAAGCUGCUCUCUUACCACCUGGGCACCAAGCGCUGGACAGUCUCGCCCAGUGCCGGCUGGCUCCUCGGCCGCGGCCUCUGGACGCUCGUUAAUUCCUUCCGGCCCAAUUUCGCCCCCCGCCUCAAGCGCAUCCAAUCGCCGCCCCCUGCCCCUUCGGAUUGAGCUCGUUUGAUGGCAGGGCAUGUCACGGAUUGUAAAAUAUGAAAGUCUUUCUUUGAGGCGGUGGAGCGGAAUCGGCCGAAGGAGGGGCUAUGGGGGCGUCGGUUCCGCAAAAUUUCGGUGAUUUCGCCCGGGGCAUGGCAUUCGACAAGCGGUGAGGCGUGUGGGCUUUGAUUGAGCGCUAGUCGAGCAGAUGGAGGCUUUGCGGUGCGCGUGUAAUUGUUUUUUACUACUACUGUUGCUAUUACUUCGAGGGCUUGAUGGUUUUGGAACCGAAGCGGCGAAGGAAGGAAGGAAGGAAUGGGGGAAUUGCGCUUGGGGCAAUGACACAGUCAGUGAAGUGAAACCCAGACGCGUCAAUUGCUGGUUGAAAACUACUUCCAAUGGGCGGAGAGCAUUUUGGGAGUUGAGCAUAGACAUCGGGAUGACGCAUUCUGGAACUCCUCGCGAAACUGGCCUUCUAAUUACGUGCUCUGCCAUGGUAUUGCCAAACGCGCGUGUAAAUGUUCUUCAACUACUACUAUCACUAUUACUUCCGAGGGCUCGAUAGUUUUGGUACCGCAGCGGCGAAGGAAGGAAGGAAGGAAUGGAGGAAUUGGCGGAGAUAUACCGGACAAUUUUGAGAGUUGAGCAUAGACAUCGGGAUGACGCAUUCUGGAGCUCCUCGCGAAACUGGCCUUCCAAUUACGUGCUCUGCCAUGGGAUUGCCAAACGCACGGGACGAGUGUAUUCUGCCCUUCCGGGGACGUGGCAUUUGGGGAACGAGGAUACCCUUUAGUUCAGCUAGACUUAGUUUUCUAGCGGGACGGUACAUCUAGGGAAGUAGGACACCCAUUAGUUCAGUUAGCGUUAGGUUUCUACAUUUUGGAUAUACAUUCAGUAGCAUUUCAGCUCCUCGCAGCAGCAGCAGCACUCCCUGAUUUGUAAAACGACGGCAAGUGUGGUGCAGAACAAGUUGUGUCGCUGCUCAACGAUCUCGUCAAUGAUUUGUACUUGUAAACUAUCAGACUCGGACCCUGUAGGCAUAGAAGCGCAUUGAGUGAGAGAGAAGUCUUGGUAUAGAAGUUCGAAUGUAUGAAGAGAUCAAAAAAAUUCAGAUGGCCCGAAGGGUCCUCUGGCACACAGUUGCGGAAAAGCGAAACUGCUUUUCCCUUUGAUGUGAUCAUGAGUCUGUCUUAUAUUAGAGUAGGAUUCAGUCAGGGCAGAGGGGACCGCCUGUUUUGGUAGAUACUAGUUUCUUCACUCGAAGUUCACACAAUACGGGAAACUAAAAACCAACCGAUGCAGCUCCUAGAUCAGCCCGGAAAAGUCAGGUUUAGCAUAUGUAGCCAAAUAUGUACAUAAUCAGUGGCUUUCGUCACUAAUUUCACAAUCAGUCGAAACUGUGC